AUGAUCCACCUGGGCAAUCAAUCAACUAAAACAACAACAACAACAACAGAUAACGAUAAUGAAAUUUAUUCAUCAGCGAAAUGUUUGAAACAAAUCGAUGAUUCUAAUAUACAACAAACGGAAGAAACAAAACAUGAUUUAACUGAUGAUGAAGAAUCAGAAGAAGCUGAAUUAUUAUUGGUUUUACAUGUUUCAAAAGUCAACACAGAAGAUAUACCUAAAAUAGAAGAUCUUAUUAAUAAGGUUCUACCAAUUGAAAAAAUAGAAAAACUAGUUAUAUUAAAAGAAUUAGGAUUAAAUUUAAAUAUUCUUGAUGAAUUUAAAAUGAUUUUAUUAAGUAAUCAAAUUAUUCAUAUUAUUCAAAAUAUAUAUUUUAAAUUAACAAAAAGACAAAUUGAUACAAAGGAUUUAAAACAAAUAGUUAAUGAUAUACAUAUAGAAAUUGUACGAGUUACACGAACAACUCUAUUAAGAGGUCCAUCUUUACCAUCGGAAUUGUUACAAUUGGAUUUAUUAACAGUAACAUUUCAUGAAAGUAUGCAUACUAUAUUACGUGAUUUAGAAAAUAAUUAUAAUUUAUCUACACCAAUUGAUUAUAAAGAAGCUAAGGUUGAAGAAGCUGGUGUAUAUAUUGAAAAAUCUAUAUUUACAUGUUGUCCAGAUUGGAUAGCAAUAUAUGAAACUAAAAUUAUAUCUAUUUCACAAAUAAUUUUAAUUUUAAAUGCAUUAAAAGAAGAUCAACCUAUAUCAUCAUUCUUACCACAAGGUCUUAAAUUAUAUACUAGAAAUGUUUCUACAAUGGCACUGAAUAUAACAUCUCUUGAUUUUCAACAACCAUGGGAAGUUUAA